UAAAAACCUCUCUCCCAACACUCUUUUGUUCCUCACAAGUCACAACACAAUCUCCCCUGCUUUCACCACCUGAUUGAGUUCUCUUUGUCAUCCCACAAAAAUUGUUACCACCAAAAGAAAAAUCAAUCAUCGCUCUGAUCCCCGCUUGCUCUCUUCUCUGAUUUUUGUUCUGUUCUUUCUACAACACUAAAUUUAAGAUGGGUAGGUCUAAAGGAAACAACUUUGGCAUCCGAUUCUGUUUUUGAUUUGAUCGGUGUACAGAUUCUAAAAUUUUGUUCUUUCUUUAAUUGGACGACCAAAUCUGUGAAUCUGAGUCCUGAACUUGGAUCACUCUGAUUCGAAUCUUUCUUUGGCUCACACCCAUCUUGUUAUUUGUCAUUAAUUUCCUCGGAACAAGAACAAGGUUUGAUUUUGAGAGAGUGAGCAGAGUGUUGUUUAUUUAUAGACACUCAUGGCUGCAGCGAACAGUGGCAAAUUCGAUGUGGGAGAUGAAACUCACAAGAAUUCACGAAAGGGUAGUGAAAGCCAAGAUUGGGAGAUUGAGAAGGGAAAGUGCGUGGAUUGUUCAAGCUCUCAGAGGCGUCAAUGGAAGCCAGUUUUUGAUGACGUUUCCAUCUCAUACAAUAGACCCUUCAAGAAAAUCCGAAGCCCCGAUCGCCAAAACACAAACCAAUCUUCUUCUUCCUCUUCUUCUUCUUCUUCUUCUUCUUCUUCUUUUUCUUCUUCUAUUCCUUUUCAACCUUCACCUCUCUCUAAUCCUCCUUCAAGAAUAGUGUUCCCUUUUGCCUUUGAUGGUUCCCAACAGCACCCCAUGCAAUUCCCUCACCAAUUUGGAACCACAAACCCACCUUUCCCUCACCCUUCUCUCCAAAACCAGCAACACCAGAUGAUAUCAUUUGGGUCUUCCCAACAACAUAAUAAUCUCGCAUAUCCACCCAUCAUAGCCAGUGAUUCUUCUUCACUUCUACAUCAACAUCAUCAUCAUCAACAGCAGCAUCAGCAGCACCAGCAGCAACUUCUUCAGUAUUGGAGUGACGCGUUGAAUCUAAGUCCAAGAGGAAUGUUAACAAGAUUGGGACCAGAUGGAAGGCCAUUGUUUAGGCUUCCAACACAGCCCAUAAACACAACAAAACUCUAUAGAGGAGUGAGGCAACGCCAUUGGGGGAAAUGGGUCGCUGAAAUCCGUCUUCCACGAAACAGAACGCGUCUCUGGCUAGGCACAUUUGACACGGCCGAAGACGCCGCCAUGGCCUACGACCGAGAAGCCUUCAAGCUACGAGGAGAGAAUGCUAGACUCAAUUUCCCAGAAUUGUUCCUCAACAAGGACAAAAAAGAAGAAGAACAACAACAAGAACAAGAAGCUUCUUCGCCAGUUCUUUCAGCUAUUGCAAAGCAGCAUGAACCUUCUAGUGAACACCGUGACGUCCCCAUAGAAGAGUCUAAUGAGAAUGAUUCGGGUGACGCCACGGUGAGCGAUGACCAGGUUCAUGCUACUACUGAGAGUUCCGAAGGAGUUUCUCAGGAAAUGGUUUGGGGAGAAAUGUCUGCAUGGUUCAAUGCUAUUCCUGCUGCUUGGGGUCCUGGUAGUCCCAUGUGGGAUGAUUUGGAUGCCACCAAUAAUCUUCUUUGCCAAUCACACAUUCCUUUUUCCAAUCCCAAUCAACAAGAACUCAAUGAUGCUGAGAGACAAGAACAAAACACUGGACCAGGUUACUUGUGGAAGGAUCAGGAUUGAAAUUUGAAGUUAAUUUUCUAUAUACCUUGCUUCUUUCUCUUCCUGGUUGCAUAUCCAUGAUUAUCAUUUAUCCAUCAUCCACUCCUUCAUUACAUUUUAGGACACUUUGAUGGUUCCUUAGUUACUUACUUCUCACUCACUGGUUGCAGAUAUUUUCACCACACAACCUGUGAACCUUGCCUACUACUACUCCUAUAUUCAUUUCCUUUUUAACUUCUUUUCUGAAACCUUCUGCUGAACUAAGGCUCCGUGUAUUUCAAGGCCUUGCAGCAUUUUUUUUCUUUUACUUGACUAUUUUACACUAUUUUUGCUUUUGUUUUUUUUUAAUAUUUUAAUGUAGUAAGUAAAGGUAGAUUGGCAUGACCAGGGAAGAAGGAGACGGUUUUGUGAUUUCCUUCUCGGUUGCUCCAUCCGUUAUGAGCUAUGUUUUUCAGCUCCAAGGAUGGUUCAUAUAUAUAUAUAAUCAUAUUACUUCAUUUGUAGUUUGUACGCUAUCAUGUUAUGUAUCAUUUUUUUUGUUGUUAUAUUACAUAUCCAGCACUUUACAGUAUUGCAGCAUCUAUAUAUGUGAAUGUAAUUCGUAAUUAGCGUACUACUUUGCUUAUUUAUGGUCCACCUUUCGUCUUCC